GCAUCAGCAUCAUCUUUCUCUUAAACCCUCAUUUGCAUCAUCAUUAUCAUCAUCAUCGUCAUCCCUCUCCCUCUCCCUCUCUCUCUCUCUCUCUCUCUCUCUAAGUUUGUGAAUUUGAAGGAAAAAUGCCGGCACUAGUGGCGCAGCCACCGCCCCCGCCACCUGCAGCGACGCUGCAGCCGUCUCAUCCUCCGCAGAAUUGCUCGCUGUACGUGGGAGAUCUGGACCCAGAAGUGACGGAGGUGGACCUUGAGAAAGCAUUUAGCGAAGUGGGUUUGGCACCAUCUGUUAGCCUCUGCAAGGACCUCGUGUCGAGGAAAUCUCUGUGUUACGCUUACCUCAACUUCGGCUCUCACUCCGAUGCUGCCAAAGCUCUAGCUUGUCUAAACCACACUAAACUGAAAGGGAAACCUAUGAGGAUGAUGUGGUCUCAGAGAGAUCCUCUUUCAAGGAAAACUGGUAUUGGAAAUCUCUUCAUCAAGAACCUAGAUCCAUCGGUCACAAGUGCCUGCUUACAGGGCAUUUUCUGCAACUUUGGCACUAUACUUUCUUGCAAAGUAGCUGAGGAAAAUGGGAAGAGUAAGGGUUUUGGCUUUGUUCAGUUUGAUUCGGAGCAGUCUGCCACGGCUGCUCUCAAUGCUCUCCAUGAUUCAAUGCUUGAAGGGAAGAAGUUACAUGUGUCUAAAUUUGUCAAGAAGAGUGAGAGGAAAGCAGCCAUUGAAGAGAAAACAUUUACAAAUCUGUAUGUGAAGCAUCUGUGUGAAGAUUGGACUGAAGAUAUUCUUCGAGACAAGUUUUCAGAAUUUGGGAAGGUUUGCAGUGUUGCCAUCAUGAAGGAUGGCGCUGGGAAAUCGAGAGGUUUUGGGUUCAUCAACUUUGAGUUGCCAGAAGAAGCAAAGAAGGCUGUGGAGGCCUUGAAUGGUGUACCUUUAGGAUCAAAGAAUUUGUUUGUAGGAAGAGCUCAGAAGAAAGCUGAGAGGGAAGAGCUCUUGAAACGUGAGCGCGAGCUGAUGCUCAAGUGUCACACUGAGAAAUCAAAAGCUUCAAAUCUUUAUGUGAAGAAUAUCGACGUUUCUGUCGAUGACAACAAAUUACGGGAACACUUCAGUGGCUGUGGACAAGUACUUUCGGCAAAAGUGAUGUGCAGUGAUAAUGGAAUGAGUAAAGGAUUUGGUUUUGUGAGCUUCUCCUCUCCAGAAGAAGCAAAGAGGGCUUUGGAUACACUCCAUGGAACUAGUUUCCAGGGAAGAUCUCUGUAUGUGGCUAUAGCGCAGCGUAGGGAAGAUCGUCGUAGGAUGCUGCAGAGUCACUAUGCUCAAAACAACUCUGUACCAUCUCUCUUUCCUUCCAGCCAGGAUUACCUUUCCCUUCGAUCUCGUUCACCUGGUUGUAUUUUACCUCCUUGCCCUCCAAGCCUUCUCUCACACAUGAAUUCAUACCAGCCAAUCAUGUACCAGCCCUUUUGCAGGAAUAUGGGGGGACUAUACCCUUCCGCAACACAGAGUUGCCAGCCACAUUAUCCUACAUAUAUUCCAAUGAGACAAACUCAGCAAGGGAAUCCCAGGGAAUGGGUUUAUCAUCCUCAUUCCAUGGCAUACACCAACUCUAGUGCUCCUAUCCAAGAUUUCAACCGUGGGAAUCCUGGGGGGCAGAAGUUUGGCUCCAGGAAGCAAGGGAAAAUCAGAGGUGGCCCUGCAGAAGCCUCAUCUAAAGGACCUGCAGCAACUGCAAGAAGUACCACUGCAGCAUCUUCCCCUGGUAGCUGCAAGAACAUUGGGGAACUUCUCCACCCUCUCGUUGAGAACCUUCAGCCCAACUGUGCAGCUAAGAUAACAGGAAUGCUGUUGGAAAUGAACAACUCCGAUGUAAUCAAGCUGCUUAAGUCACCAAAAACGUUGGCUGCACAUGUUGAAAAGGCUGUUCAGGUGCUGAAGGAGACAAAUUCAUCAACCGGUGCCGAUGCUGCUACUGGUCUGCCAGUCAAGUCUGCCCGCUGCUUGAACUACUGAGCACUUCUUGACAAUGUUCGAAUAUUGCUUUAAGCCUCUUGAUGUUUUUGAAACUACUGAUAUGUGAAAUAGACCAUACACUGUAAAUACCUUCUAACUAGGUGAUUGCACUAUUUCUUUUGCAUGACUGCGUCUUGCUUUACAUGGAACAAUUUAAUACGACUUCUACUAAUGAUGUUGCUCUCC